AUGUACACGUCUGGAGCCGCGCAGCUGAUACUCGAGUUCGGUAUUGUCAGCUAUUUUCUUGCUGCUUUAACAGCUUUGAGCACGAGCACGUUCAUGUUCUUCGUCGUCCGCUUCAUCAGUGGCUAUUCCUGUGCUGGACCAAUGGUCAUAGGCGGGGCAGUCAUCGUGGACGUUAUACCUACCGCCACGCGAGGGAAUGCCAUGGCGAUCUGGGCUCUGGGGCUGUUGAUAGAACCAACCACUUGCUCGUCGACCUUUGAACGCGGCGCGGCGGACCGCACAGGCCCAGCCAUCGAUGAAGUCGAUCUCAAGGCGACGGACUCCUUUAAUGGGUUUUAUAGCGUCUAUGCGGCGGAUCGUAACAAGUUUACGCGCCAUGAUUAUGUGCUGUGUUUGCUCAAGCUCAUGCCGAAUUCAUCAUCCGACAGAAUUCUACCAAUCAACAUGUGGAAGAUGAUGAUGGUCUCGCCAAUUUGA